AUGUCUGUCACUGAUUUAUCGGUAGGAUGUCGAUUUGCAGAUUAUUUUGCUAUAUGUGGGCUUGACUUUGAUUCAGGAUUAGAACCUGAUCGCCUUUGUGGUGAUAAUUUACAUGUUUCGCCUCUUGACCGCUCAUAUAAAGGGAAGGUAUUAGCACAUUACCCAGACAAUAUACAAAGUAAUCCCUUUGAUGAGCAUGCUGUGUGCAUGUUAUGUCUACCUGCUGGUCUGCAGUUCAGAACACAGAAGCAUUCAUUAGAACCAAAAUUUCAUAGUUUUGUAGUGACAAGAGAAAAUGCAUCUAGAUACUAUGGAUUUAGUCUCAUCUUUUAUGAAGAAGUACGAAACAGAAAUAUAUGUAGUGCAAUGCAUACAUUGCAGGCAAUGUACAUCACAGAACUCUCAAGUGGACAAACACCCCCUGGAUAUAGGAAGGGUACUGGUAAAGAGAGUUCAAGGUCCUUACCAAGAUCUUUCAAACUUGCUCCACAUAGUGGAGCAGCACUAACAUACUAUGAUAUAGCCAAAGAUAAACUAUAUGUAGCCAAAAGCAUAUCUCUUAUAUGCCAGUACCCGUAUGUAAGAGUUGCACAAUUAUUUUUAGAAAAUUUAUUUAGAUCUUUACCGCGUCAGCCUGGGCCAGGUCUAAGUCCAGAGUCUUAUGUCUACAAUUUGCUUUAUGAAGUUCCAGUGCCACUGCCGGGUCAAGCAUUACGUCUAUAUGUGCCACCCUCUGAACCUCACCUUGAUCCGAUUCCUGUUGUGAUAAGAAUGCCAAACCCACCUGAAGAGUUACCGUUGCUGGAUUAUCCCUUACGCGUUAUGUUCCAAGUUCUAGGCGUUGAAUGUGUGGUGCAACUGUUUACAUGCGUACUUCUAGAACAUCAAGUUCUACUCAGAUCGAGCGAUUACAACAAGCUUAUGUUGGUAGCGGAAUGCAUAGUAUCAUUGCUACUUCCUUUCACAUGGGCGCAUGUGUAUGUACCAAUUUUACCGGCGCCACUCUAUCACUUUUUAGACGCACCAGUGCCAUUUGUUAUGGGUCUACAUGCUGAUAGUGCUUUAAGUGCCAACAGUCCUAGGAACAUUGCGCUCGGUUCAGAGGCAGCAUUAUGUCUUGUUGACAUCGACAAACCAGAUAUACAGUUACCUGAAGAAUUACCGAUAUACCCACAUCGGACACCUUUCAUAGAAGAACUUAAUCACAUUUUAGAUAAACAUCAGGUUCAAAGACCAGAAACAGAGCCAACGAAACUAGAUGUGCCAUUGAAUGGAUCUUCUUAUAAGAGUAUGGCUGAUAAUAUGAGCAGCAGCUGUACAUUGCCUUCAGGUGGGCUUCGUCGAAAGCAUUCGUUUCAUGAUGUACUGGAUUGGGAUGAAAGUCGACCGCUGAACGCGUCACCGCCCCCUUCACCCACACGACGGCCGCCCCUUAGACUCGAUGCGUUGCAACGCAUCGUCGAUAUCGUCAAGCGAACAGGUGUGAACAUAGACGACAUGGAAGCUGAUACCGUAAUGCCGACUAUGAAGAAACAAAUUCUCAACGACGAGGAACAAUACAACGAAGAUAUACGCUUCAAUAUAGUUAUCAGAGAAACAUUCCUAAAUCGGUUUGUGCAUAUGUUCCUGAUGUAUGAGAACUUUGUGAUCAUGCCUGAUCAGGACCGUGACUCUUGGCUGUCAUCGCGUGAAUCGAUGGUGAAUUUCGAUAAGGCUUCAUUUCUGUCUGAUCAACCACAGCGUCACAGACCAUUCUUAUCAAGGUUCCUUGAGACUCAGAUGUUCGCCACUCUCAUUGAUAACAAGAUAAUGGCCAAUUGGGGUGAAUAUGAUGCCAACUUGCAAGUCCUUGAACAUAGAAUACAGGCUGUCAGGACAAACAGUUUAAAACGCAUAAAAAACGCGAAAUGGCAAGUGAAAGACUGUCCACCAGAAUUGCUCUUGGGUGACAUUAGUAGAAAGCUGUCCACUGAAGUAACGCCGGCGGCCAUCGCUCAGAACAAUAGGACGUUUGUUGAAAAACUACUCAAGGAAUGUAAAAGCAAAACGAAAAGGAUGUUAGUGGAAAAAAUGGGUACAGAAGAAACUGACUUAGGAUUAGGUUGCGAAGUGUCGAUAACGGGAGUAGAAGAAAGUACUAUGAUAGCUUCGCUCUGUGAUUUGCUUGAAAGGCUAUGGUCCCACGGCGUGCAGCACAAGAUGGGCAAGUCGGCUCUCUGGAUGCACCUAACCAACUAUCAAGAGUUGGAACAGUGCAGCAACUCAACCAAGCCCAUUGACCCUAAUUACUUAACACCAGACCUGUCAUCUGUGGGUGCGGAAGUAGAGGCGCAACAAAGUUCUAGCAACAGCAGUAGAUCUCGUGAUAGUUCCCGAGGUGGGUCUCGGGAUAGCUCACGAGAUCGACUCAGCAACUCAGGGACUCUGGAGCGCAAACCGUCGCAACCUCCCAACCCGAUGAGACCUUUGCCUCAAAGUCUUACAUUUGACAUGAGGAACGUUCAAGCAAUGACUGAUAUAAAAACAGAAAUAGGUUACGCUCGUGCGUGGGUUCGCUUAUCUCUUGAGAAAAAGCUAUUGUCAAAACAUCUUCGAGAGCUCCUUGCUGAUACGACGCUAUUACGAUCACAAUAUAAGAGAACAGCUUUCCUGCGAUGCGAAGAGGAAAGGGAACAGUUCUUAUAUCACCUGCUCACUUUAAACGCUGUAGACUAUUACUGCUUUACCAACACUUAUCCCACCACUAAAUUACCAUAUCGAGUUUUAAUUGUGCCAUCACGUAAAGCUAGCCAAACAACAGCCAAUUGCUGGAUAUCUAUAUCAGGAACGAACAGAGAAUCUACCCCCAAAAUACCCAUUCCACGUAAUACCAACGAAUUUGUUUUUCAUCAUAAAAACUUGGGCAUUCUGUCAACCUUACGAAUUGGCCACGAUAACUCUGGCUUGUCACCGAGAUGGUUGCUAGAUCAAGUUUAUGUUCGCAACGAAGUUACGGGACAUACAUACACGUUCCCUUGCAACCGAUGGUUGGGUACUGGUGUAGAUGACGGAUCGACGGAACGUCUGUUGUUAGCAGCGCGAGUGCGGAAUGAACGCACCCCGCGAACUCCCGCGCCCCCUCCCCCCGCGCCGUUACCUCCCACCCCCACCACCACGCAUCUCUCAACAUCUACGAUACAACACAUGAUCGGUGAUUGCGUAAACGCCAUUGUGAAGUGGCAUUAUCAAUCGAAAAGAGAAAAGGAUGCUAACUCACUUAGCAUACUCUUGUGUGGUGAAAAUGGGUUGGUGAAGUGCUUGGAGCAGGCAUUUCUAUGCGGUUUUAAAUCUGCACGUCUUUUCGGAAAGAAUCUUUUCAUUUGGGAUUAUUUCGCACGUGUCAAAGAUGAAUUCAAACUGAGUCUAUGCGACGAAACCAACGCGCAGAACAACAAGAGCUGUGGAGUUGCAUACAACUGUCGGCAAGAUCAAGAGCACCGAUCAAUAUGGCGAUGCUACUGCCAUCUUAUGGACGAGAUCAACACUGUGGGCCGUACGCUGGGCAAAGACGGCAAAUUUCAACUUUUCAUCUGUCUUAGCCUACGUGAACAUUGGCUUCAUAGAAUGCUGGUACCAAUGUCGAUGACACGAGUUACCAUGGAGAUGUACGAAGAACAGAGUUUUCUACGCAAACGCGGUCUUCUCACAUUCCUUCGCCAAAUACUGGAACCAUUGGAUGAGUUUGAUAUUGUUUUGGAAAACUCACUUACUCAAGGAAUUUAA